AUGUCAGUCUUCGUCUCUACAUUACAGCGUCUCCAGCCUGGUCGAGCAGUAGCUGCCUUCAUCGCCCUCGCUUCCCUCGCUGCGACACACGCAUUCUUCGUCGAGAUGGGCAUCUUCCGCAAAAGCCUCGAUGUCAAGGGCAAGCACUGCUACAUUACAGGCGGAAGCUCAGGUCUUGGUCAUGCACUCGCUCUGGAGCUCGUCAAGCGCGGAGCGCACGUCACUAUCAUCGCGAGAGGUCAAGCACGGCUCGACGCAGUAAAGGCGGAGCUCGAGACCCACAAGGGGCCAUCACAGAUCAUCCAGGCCAUAUCGGCGGAUCUCACGUCUCCUACGUCAUCUAGCGAUGCCCUGGAACAGGCUGUGAAGGCGCACGGCGGGAAAUGCCCGGAACAUAUCUACCUCUGUGCGGGCCACAGUCUGCCUCAGUUCUUCAUCGAUGCGUCGCCGGAGGAGCUCAAGUCUGGACUGGAUGAGACAUACUGGGUGUCGGCCUACACCGCUCAUGCGGCAACUAAGAUGAUGGUCUCCCAACGCGUGCACGGCAAAAUCGUCUUCGUCUCGUCCUUUGUCGGGUACAUCAGCUUCCCCGGCUACUCUCCAUAUGCCCCGGGAAAGUACGCCCUAAGAGCACUAGCCGAUACGCUGCGUACGGAACUGGUCCCUCACAAUAUCUCGGUCCAUAUCUUCAUGCCCGCCAGUAUCCGAUCCGAGGGCUGGGAGAAUGAAGAACUGCGGAAGCCGAGAAUCACCAAGCAGAUUGAAGAGGGGGAUGAGGUGUUGCCUGCUGGGGAUGUCGCUGAGAGUCUCAUCAUUGGCAUAGAGAAGGGAUACUACCAGAUAACGAAUGUGUUGGUCACCGACCUGAUGCGCGUCUUGUCAAAGGGGAACGCGCCGUACAAUAACAUCUUUAUGGACAUGAUCUACCUUAUUAUCGCCUUGGUUGGUGUACCCAUUUGGAGCAAGUACGUGGAUUACCUCGUCAAGAAGGACGCGCCGGAGGUACGGAAGGAGUUGAAAGAGCGGGGAUUCUACGCCGAUCCAGCUGCAGCAUCGACGCCAAAGUGA